AUGACUCAUAAAACGCAAGUGAAUAUUCGAAUUCCAAAUAUUGAAAGCCUCUAUUGUAUAAAUUGUAAAAUAAACGAAGUAGAUAUACAGGAUCCUAUAGUGAAAUCUCUGUUUCAUUCACAAAUUUUAACGUGCAGAUUGAUAAUUUAUACAAUGCGAUGCUGCAUUGCUUCACCAUCAAUACAGAAUGUAGAUGAUUUAAUUCAUAUUGUCGUUAAUAAAUCUUUUUACGAUUCAGGAAAAUUUCAAGAGCAUUUAUCAAAAUUGCAAAUUUAUUACACUGAUCCUGAACCAGUACAUCCAAAAAUUUAUGAAGCUUGUUUAAAAUAUACAUUCACAUUUAGAUUAGCACCCCACUGGAAUUCUAUUGGCAAGUCUUAUUAUCUACAAGGUUUUAAUUUUUUAUCUCUUACAUCCAACAUCAAUGCUAUUGAAUGGAAUAUUUUAAUAAAAAAUAGCAAUGAUAUAAAACUUGAAUUGAUUCCAAUAAAAAUGAACUUAUUCCCUCUAACUCUUGACUCUUUAUCACUACCAUCAAAAACAGUGGAUGGUUUUACACUGAAUGCUAACAUCAAUACUAUUGACUUAACGUCUUUUGAAAAUUGUUGGGCAUAUGUUUUGCCCAAGCUGACAAAAGCAAGAAUUGUUUCAGUUUCCAAAAUUUUGCCAGAAAGCUGUCUAUUCAGAAAUUACAAUGAUCUUCGAAGACAUUGGAAAAAUAUGUAUUCAUAUCGUUUACCUAAAAAUGAACAAGGAUUACUAUUUUAUGAAGUUGUUUUUCCAUCUCAACCUACUAAGUAUUUUAUAUAUCCAGAAACAUGCAUUUUAUCUAGAAUGCCUCAGAUAUUGAUGUCAGACAAUAAAAAUGAAAUAGCUUCACAGUUUUUAAAAGACUUAUCUACUAAUGUACAUUCUGUAUGUGGAGAAGUUAUGCAAGUUUAUCAAUUAUAUCCUGAAUUAGAUAUAGAAUACUCUUGUGUAUUGAAAAAGAGAAGUCAAUUGAACGAAAAUCAAUACAGUCAGUUCCAACGAAGUUCUUUUGUUAAAACUCCAACAGAAUUACCAAUGAAUCUUCAAUCUAUAAAUGAAAAACUCAAUUUAUCUUCUUUAUUUGCUUUUAAAGAUAUGAACAGAAUGAAAUCAGAUUUGCAACAUCACUCUCAAAAAGUACUUUCAAUAAUGCAGAAUAACAAAAGAAAAAGGAAAGCAGCGAAACAAGAUGCAAAUGAGCAUCUAACACAAUCAAUGUUUAAUUUCAAAAAACGAAAGUACGGAAUAAACCAAAAAUUUAUGCCAAGUAUAUCAAAAGAAGAGCACGAAAAGACUGUUGUAAGCAAUAUAGAUGAUAUAAUUUCAUUUUAUGAUAUACCUUCUAUGUACUCAAAAAAUAAAGAAUUAGAACAAUCGAACCAAGAUCCAUCUUUCAAACAAAUCAUAGACAACUGUAAAUCUGCUGAUCCAAUACCACAAUCGUUUAGACCUAAGCCAGUAAUUAAAAAUAUACAAAACCUUUGUUAUUCUGUGAAUGAUACUGAUCUACCUAUAAAUUUUGACGAAUUGGAAAUUAAUAAGAACAAAACAGACAUAACAAAAAACAAUGUACUUGGUGAAGACUGUUACAAUAUAGCAUGUUCCACUCCAAAGUCAUUAAAUUUAGAGGAAGAAAAUGAUUUACCAGAAAAUUUAGUUUCUGAUCAACAUAAAAAAGAAAUACACAAAUCGCCGUCUUUUAAAAACAAAAGGGAUAGCAAAUCACAGACUACUAAACAUUCAAGAAAUUUGAAUGAUAAAAUACUUUCUGAAUUACUAUCGAAAGAAACUAAUAAAAAAACUAUAGAUUCUAUGGAAACACAAUCUUAUGAUCAAAAAAUACGACUGUUUUUAUCUUCUUUUGAUUUAGCCAAUAUACAAAAACAUGAUGAAAUAAAUUUAAAAAAACAAUUUAAUGAAGACUAUAAAAGGUCACCUCCAUUAUUAAAUGAAAAUAACAAAUCAUCAAAUGAGAAUUUAAUGGAAAAUACAGCAAAAGUGCUAGUUGAGAAGUCAGAGUUUUCAGAAAACCAUAGAUGUAAUUCAAAAUUUGACACAAGUUAUGAUAAGUUGUCUGGUAAGUUACCUUUUUUCACUUAUUUAAAAAAUAAGCGAGAUUAUUAA